AUGUCGAACCGCCAAGUGCCCCCCGUCUACCGCUCCAUCAUAACCGACGUAACCGACUCGAUCCGUCCCGAAUUCGACCAACUCGGUAUCGAAGAGGCAGUCCUCCAGGAACUCGUCAGGCUAUGGGAAUUGCGGUUGGCCCAGUCGCGCGUGGCAGACUUCACGAGCGACGAGAGGAUGGAGCCGGUUGCGAGGCAGUUCCCGAUGGUUAGUUUGCAGGAGAAGGAGAGGGAGAAGAAGGCUAAGAGGGUCGAGGAGGAGAGGGUGAGAAAGGAAACAAAAGCCCGAAAAAAGCUCGAAGCCGCAUCCAGCAGCGAAUCCAAGCCCAAACCCUCGGGCGCCGGCGCGGACGAAGAAGACGGCGGUCUGGGCGACGAAGACGCGAUCAACUCGGAUUUGGACGACGACGAUGACGAUGACCUUGCGUUGGACGACGAGGAGGGCGAGUCGGGUGGUGGGGACUUUGUGUUGGCGUUGUACGAGAAGGUCCAGCGCGUCAAGAACAAGUGGAAGGUGACGCUCAAAGACGGCCUCGCGAGCGUCAACGGCCGCGAAUUCAUCUUUGCCAAGUGCCAAGGGGAAUUCGAGUUCUGA